UGGGAAAAGAAUGACAAACCUUAGUGAUUCCUAUGCAUAGUAUGCACAAGGAAUACCAAAGGAAUGGAAUUGUGAUUCUUUGUUUAAUUCAAUUCCUAUAAUUGGUAGCUAGAAAUAAAGUUUAGGAAUGAAAUGAAAUUAUUUUAUUUUAUUAAUAUCAAUCCAUGUAUAUGAUAGUGUAAUAUAUUGCGUCAAUUUCAAUCCAGAUAUUAGACUAUUGCUUAUAUAAAGUUGAUAAUAUUUUAUUUUUUCUAAAAAUACGUUUUUAUUCAAAAAAAUAUUUUUUUUAUAUUUUGAGUAAAUAAUAAUAAUAAUAAUAAUAAUAAUAAUAAUAAUAAUAAUAAUAAUAAUAAUAAUAAUAAUAAUAAUAAUAAUAAUGCAUGUUUCAUAUAAAUAUACAUGUCAAAACAUAAAUUUAAAAGGAUUAAAAAUGGAAUAAAAUGACUAAUACCAUAGUAGGUGGAAGGAAUGGUAAUGUGAUUCCAAAUGGAAUGAUGAUUUCUACCAAAAAAAAAUACUCCGUAUAUCAAGCAAAUGAAUGGAAUGAAGGUAGGAAUCACCAUUCCAUUCCCACCUCUAUUCUAUCAUACCAAUCACUUCAAAAGUUUCUCUGAAAUCCCAUCCCUUUUCUGAAUCGCCGGCCACUCACAUCCGACGACAACAGCAUCAACCCCUAGGCAUAUUGUCACCGCCUCCAUCUCCCUCGCUCUCUUAUCAGAACGGCCCUCGGUCACUUCCCAGACUGGACUCACGCCACUCAUACAAACACUAACAACAAGAUUGAAUUUUAACAACAUUUUAAGGUCACGCCACUCAUACAAACACUAACAACAAGAUUGAAUUUUAACAACAUUUUAAGGUUUUCUCCCUUUUUAGCCUUGUAUUUCAUUUUGGUCAUAUGUCUGUAGUUCAAAGUGUAAAGCUCCAUAUCUCUCAAUUUCAGUAAAGAAAUUGUCGCGACUAUCAUUGUUUCUGGAAUAGGAGUUACAAGACUAACCUACGCUAUUUUGUUGUUCUGGGCAAGGCUUCUUUUUUUUGUUUUUUCAUUCAUCACAAAGGUUCAAAUAGGUUAUGUUUUAUUUCACAAAAUAAUGUCUAAAUGGAUAGAGGCCUGUGAACCAAGCCAAAUGCAACUUAGCAUUGGAAGGCUUAGAAAUUUCAGUAGUGUUUUUUUUUAUUUAUUAUACUAUAUAGUUGAGUUGAAGAGUGUUAACAAGUACUAACACUUUUAUUUUAAAAAGUAACACUUUUAUUUCAACUAAAAAUAAAAGCAACACUCAUAUUUUGCAUGGGGAUUAUAACGAAUUUCCUAGUCCUACUCUAGUGGAUCUUGGGGCAUGCUUACUCAACACAGACUGCCACUCCACAAAUCAAACUAACAUUCCUCAUCAUUUCCAAUUCAUCUCUGUGUCUCUCUCAUUGAACAAGCAUGGCCUCAGGGAAAACUCGCGCCACAAAACGAUCCUCGACAACUUCUAGUUAUUCAUCAGCAACCUCAAUCGUAAUCCUCGUAGGAUUAUCUGUAUUAGGUUUAUGGCUGCUGACCUCCAAUUCCUUCACACCAUCGCAGCCCCCCGCCACCAAAGCUCCAACCUCCAUAGGCCAUACUCAUCACUCACACGUGCUCCCACAAACUCGCCAAAAUGAAAACGACCCCUCUUCUAUUUCUGAUUCUGAUGAUGCACUACUCAUCCAACCAGAGACCAACAUCGAAAAUGACCACACACACACAGAUAAAACCUUCAAAACUGAAGCCAUCCUCACAGAUCACGUGGAUCAUCAGGACACCAAAGCAUCACAGGAUAACAACCAUGCCGCGGAGGAGCACGACAAGCAAGCAGCGCUCGAGACUCAAACCUCGGAAGAAAGUUCCAUGACUCAAAAGGAAGAGAUAAUACAAGAAACUCCACAUUCUGAAACCAAAAUGGAAACUAAUGAUGCUGAGGAUGUAUCGGCUGAAGCUGGAUCACUAACUCAAAGUUCAAACACCACACAGAAUCAGAUAUCAGAUGAAGAUCAACAGAGGCGAAUAGACGAACAUCAACAGCGAGAAGAUGAACAGAAGCAACAAGAAGGGCAAGAAGCACAGUCGGCAGAUCCUAAUGGAGCAAUAAGUCAUGAUCAAAUCCAACACGACGAGGCGCCCAUACAUUCCCAUCAAGAUGGCAGUAGUUCCCAGGAAACAGAUAAGCCUCAUGCACAAGCGACAAAUCAAGAAACUAAGCAUGAUUCUUUGGAUGGGGAGGGUACAGACAAGGUAACGCUAAGCCAGAAAAUGAAUGAGGAGACCUCCAACAAGAAUGAUGAGGCUACAACUUCAAGUGAAGACAGCACUGAGAUACCUAAAGAAUCUAUUGAAUCGAAAAACUCUUGGACUACUCAAGCAAACCAGUCUGAGAACCAAAAGGAGAGACGAAACGCAGGAUCAAAUGAUAAAGAAAAUAGCAACCAUGGAUACACAUGGCUGCUGUGCAAUGUAACAGCAGGUGCAGACUACAUACCUUGUUUGGAUAAUGAGAAAGUUAUAGCAAACAUACACAACAGGUUGCACCACGAACAUCGUGAGAGGCAUUGCCCAGAGGACCCUCCCACUUGCUUGGUUCCCCUGCCAACUGGGUAUAAGAGAAGGAUCGACUGGCCUCAAAGUAGAGAUAAGAUAUGGUACAACAAUGUACCUCACACAUCACUGGCAGAAUACAAGGGGCAUCAGAACUGGGUGAAGGUGACUGGGGAGUUCCUUGCUUUCCCAGGUGGUGGAACUCAAUUUAUUCAUGGAGCCCUGCAUUACAUUGAUUUUAUACGCGAGGCAGUGCCUGAUAUUGCAUGGGGAAAACACAGCCGCGUGGUGUUGGAUGUUGGCUGUGGAGUAGCCAGCCUUGGGGGAUAUCUGUUUGACAGAGAUGUUCUUACAAUGUCUUUUGCCCCAAAAGAUGAACAUGAGGCCCAAGUUCAGUUUGCUCUUGAAAGGGGCAUACCAGCAAUAUCUGCAGUGAUGGGAUCUCAGAGAUUGCCAUUUCCCAGUAGAGUAUUUGACGUCGUGCAUUGUGCACGUUGCAGAGUCCCUUGGCAUGCAGAUGGUGGUUCUCUACUUCUGGAGUUAAACAGAGUACUACGCCCCGGAGGGUACUUUGUGUGGUCAGCAACUCCAGUGUACCAAAAGCUAGAAGAAGAUGUACAGAUAUGGAAAGAAAUGUCUCGCCUAACGGUAUCCAUGUGUUGGGAGCUAGUCACAAUAAAGAAGGACAAAGUUAAUUCUAUUGGUGCUGCUAUCUAUCAGAAACCAGACUCAAAUGAUUGCUAUGAUCGCAGAAAGCAAAAGGAACCCUUAAUGUGCAAAACUGAUGAUGAUCCUAAUGCAGCAUGGUACAUACCUUUGCAGUCAUGCAUGCACCGGAUACCUACCCAAGAAAACGAGAGAGGCUCGCAAUGGCCAGAAGAGUGGCCUGAGCGACUGCAGACACAACCAUACUGGCUUAACAAAUCUCAAAUGGGAAUCUAUGGAAAACCAGCUCCAGAUGACUUCGCAUCAGACUACGAACACUGGAAAAAGGUGGUCAGCACCAUGUACAUGAACGAUUUGGGAAUUAACUGGUCUGAAGUACGAAAUGUCAUGGACUUAAGAGCAGUCUAUGGAGGAUUUGCUGCAGCACUGAAGGACCAAAACUUGUGGGUUAUGAAUGUGGUGAACGUAGAUUCUCCAGAUACACUUCCCAUAAUCUACGAACGAGGCCUUUUUGGGAUAUAUCAUGAUUGGUGCGAAUCAUUCAGCACAUAUCCCAGGACCUAUGAUCUCCUACAUGCAGAUCAUCUUUUCUCAAGACUCAAAAAGAGGUGUAAACUUGAGGUUGCCAUGGCAGAGAUUGACAGAAUACUAAGACCGGGAGGUAAAUUGAUCAUGCGGGAUGAAUCUAGCACGGUUGCAGAAGUAGAAGACUUUCUCAAGUCCCUCCAUUGGGAAGUCUUCCUAAACCACUCGAAGAACCAAGAAGGGAUACUCAGUGCUCAGAAAUCCGACUGGCGGCCUAUUAGUUAUGCGGAUUCAUCUUGAUUGAGAGGAAGAAUAGCAUCAAAGACACCAUGACAGCAGAAAAUCUAGAGGAAGCAGGAACAUCCCUGUGAGGAUAAAGAUCCAAAGACAACUGUUGGUCUAAAUCUAUUCAUUCUUGGGUGGUGGUCUCUGAAUCAUCUCCCAAAACACAACAUCAGUGAGGUUCAUAGUCAUAAAUUUUGAGACAGGACCAUCUGUUUGUACUUUGUAUUACAUGCUUUUUUACUACAAUUUCAGAACUUAACUUUCGUACUGCGCUUAA